GGCCUCGUGUGCUCUCGGGGCCGGGGGCGGUGCUCCGAGUCCGGCUGCGGCCUCGCUUCCUUCCGGGGUGGCCCUGCGGCCCUGCGGGGCGAUGUCGGCUGCGGAGGGCAGAGGGCGGCGGGCGCUUCGCCGCGGGCCGAGCCGGGGUCCGGUGCUCCAAUCCUGCGGUCCGGUGCCGUCCCGGCAGCGGGCUGCCCUGGGGCGGUCGUGUGUGCCAUCCUAAGUGCUCGACAGUGGCUGAUGCUGGCUGAAUCCUUCCUUCCAUCCCUUCCUUCCCAAUUUUGUGGCUAUAUUUUAACGAUUGAAUUACUCCUUAAGUCGUCGGAAUUGUUCCCGGUGGGAAUCCGCCGAUGUGGGUGAGCAUCAGGGCCCCCGUGUGCAGGACGAAACACAUGGAAAGGCUAAGGUAUUUGCUGCUCUUGCUGUUGUGGCUUCAUGGUACGGAUUCUUUCUACGUACCUGGUGUGGCUCCUAUCAAUUUCCACUGGAACGAUCCUGUAGAAAUAAAGGCCGUGAAGCUCACCAGCUCACGAACCCAGUUACCAUAUGAGUACUACUCACUGCCCUUCUGCCAGCCCAGCGAGAUAACGUACAAAGCUGAGAAUCUUGGUGAGGUUCUCCGGGGGGAUCGAAUUGUAAAUACGCCUUUCCAGGUUUUCAUGAACGUAGAGAAGAAAUGUGAAGUUCUGUGCAACUUUCCCAACAAGCCAGUCACUCUGACGGUGGAUCAGAGCAAACUGAUGGCUGAGCGGAUCCGGGAAGAUUACUAUGUCCACCUCAUUGCUGAUAACCUACCUGUGGCAACAAGGCUGGAGUUUUAUUCCAAUCGCGAGGAAGAGGACAAGAAGAAGGAGAAGGAUGUGCAGUUCGAGCAUGGAUACAGGCUUGGGUUUUUGGAUGGGAACAAGUUCUACCUGCACAACCACCUCUCCUUCAUCCUUUACUACCACAGAGAGGACGUGGAAGAAAACCAGGAGCCCACCUACAGAGUCGUGCGCUUUGAAGUGAUUCCGCAAAGCAUUAAACUAGAAGAUUUGAAGGCCGAUGACAAGGGCAUGUGCACCCUGCCUGAAGCAACAGGCUCUGCCCCUCAGGAAAUAGACCCCACCAAGGAGAACCAGUUGCUGUUCACCUACUCUGUCCACUGGGAGGAAAGUGACAUUAAAUGGGCAUCCCGCUGGGACACCUACCUGACCAUGAGUGACGUGCAGAUUCACUGGUUUUCCAUCAUUAACUCCGUUGUGGUCGUCUUUUUCCUUUCAGGUAUUCUCAGCAUGAUCAUCAUUCGCACCCUCCGGAAGGACAUAGCCAACUACAACAAGGAAGAUGACAUUGAAGAUACUAUGGAGGAAUCUGGGUGGAAACUUGUGCAUGGAGAUGUUUUCAGGCCUCCACAGUAUCCCAUGAUCCUCAGCUCUCUCCUGGGUUCUGGAAUUCAGCUCUUCUGUAUGAUCCUGAUUGUCAUCUUUGUUGCUAUGCUGGGGAUGCUGUCGCCUUCUAGCCGGGGUGCGCUGAUGACUACUGCCUGCUUUCUCUUCAUGUUCAUGGGGGUUUUUGGUGGAUUCUUUGCUGGCCGCUUGUACCGGACUCUGAAAGGACAUCGAUGGAAGAAGGGAGCCUUUUGUACAGCUACCUUGUAUCCGGGUGUCGUCUUCGGUAUCUGCUUUGUGCUGAACUGUUUCAUCUGGGGAAAACACUCCUCUGGAGCGGUGCCUUUCCCUACCAUGGUGGCCUUGCUCUGUAUGUGGUUUGGGAUCUCAUUGCCCUUGGUCUACCUGGGGUACUACUUUGGAUUUCGCAAACAGCCCUAUGACAAUCCUGUACGGACCAAUCAGAUUCCCAGGCAGAUCCCAGAGCAGAGGUGGUAUAUGAACAAAUUUGUUGGGAUUCUCAUGGCUGGUAUUCUGCCUUUUGGAGCAAUGUUCAUCGAACUGUUCUUCAUUUUCAGCGCAAUCUGGGAGAACCAGUUCUAUUACCUGUUUGGUUUUCUCUUCCUGGUGUUUAUAAUCCUGGUGGUAUCGUGCUCCCAAAUCAGCAUCGUCAUGGUGUACUUCCAGCUUUGUGCUGAGGAUUACCGCUGGUGGUGGAGGACCUUCUUGGUGUCUGGAGGAUCUGCUUUCUAUGUGCUGAUCUAUGCUGUCUUCUACUUUGUGAACAAGCUGGAUAUUGUUGAGUUCAUUCCCUCCUUACUAUACUUCGGCUACACUGCCCUUAUGGUCCUGUCCUUCUGGCUCCUCACUGGCACCAUUGGCUUCUAUGCAGCCUACAUGUUUGUCCGGAAGAUCUACGCCGCAGUGAAAAUAGACUGAAGAUGCACAGACCCAGCAGAGAACAGACACUUCUGAACACGUAUCCUCCUGGCAGUGAGGAGGACGUUUUCUCCCAGUGCUUUCGAGGAAACAAAAUCCAGUUGGGAGAGUGACAAGAGAAAUAAAUAACUCCUCAUUUUGGAAUGUAACUUCUGGCACAGUGUACAUGGAUUCUGGGCUACUUCUGGGGGGAAAGGGGUCUGUAGAUACCUUACAUUUUAACUUUAUUAUCCUGUUUGAGAUUUGAGGGAGUUUUUUAGCAAAGAAAUAUCCCUCUGCAUAAGUAAACCCCUUUUUUUGCUAAUUCUUUUUUUCUGUUGAUGAUGAAUGGAUUUAAGACAGCAGUGGAAACACUUGUGACAACAUUUUCUUCCAGCCCCUAGGGUGCUCUAGGAUUCAGGGAGACUUCAACAAGUAUCAGGCUGGGUUUCCUUCAUGUCUGCACAGAAGAGGGAGCCUGACUGUGGCAAAAUGAAAGGAUCCCAAAAGGCUGACCCAGCUCACCCAGCACGCUCUCACCGUCUAAUCCUGGCUUCGACUUGUUUACAGUUGGAUGGAGGUGCCAUUCAGAGCCCAGGAAGUGCAAUUUCACCCCAAGAGCUGGAGAACUUCGACUGGCAGCAUCACUUCUCCCAGCUUCUGGCCUUGGACAGCACGGGGCUGCUUGGGAUGCAUCUGCUGGAAGGGCUGGAGGGGAUGUUCCCCUCUUUCAGAAGGUGUGGCAGAGCGUGCUGCUGUGGGACUGGGCUGCGUGAGGACAGACGCAGCAAGAUGUGUGAGGGCUUGGUACAUCAGCAGCUCUGCUCCAGCCACGUGAGGAAACAGGCAGGCUUCCUUCCUGGGAGCCCUGCGGGGUCGUGCAGGGCCCACUGAGCGAGGUCUGUGCUGCUGCUGUGUUAGUGCCAAGCGAUCUGAUGCAGUGUUGAGCCUCAGCUGCUGCAGGGUGCGCUGGCUGUGCAGAAGGGCUGGGAAAGGGAGCGGCCCCCAGGAGCUCUCCAUGGCCAGAAGCAGCUGUCUCACUACCUGCCCUGCAUUCCAGCUGCUCUUGCUGCUCUUUUCUCUUAGAUUCUCUACCUCCAGGGUACAGAAGCAUGCGCUCCCUCAGCUGUAUUUUGUUCUUUUCCACAGAAUGGUUUAAGCCCUUUGGGACAGCCAGUGCAGGCUUUUCUGCAGUGGGCUUCUCUGUUUCUGUGGAUUGAUGCCUGAUUAAACCCAUGGGAAGCUCGUUUUAAAUGAGGUUAAAUGUUUUGUUUUGAUAAUCUAUGUGAUGUUUACUGGUGAAGGGCUUCCACGUUGCAGUGAAGGCUCCCUCCAUCCCCAGAAUGGCUGGAUUCAGUCAGGGCUGCAGGGACAGGUGGUGGUGGUAUUGUUUUUUGUUCUUCUCCAUGAGAGCUAUGAAAAUUUCCCUUUUGCUCUUUCCUAUAGCAAGAAAUUAUGUCUCCAAGUGACCAGCUGCCCCAGGUGAUGCUAUUUCAACCCAGAGCUGUCCCAAACCCUCUUUGUUAACCAGCACUACUGCGUACACUUGAGGGCUUUGGGUGGGUUUGCUUUCCUUAAUUCAUACUGCCCCAAGGGUUUCCAUCAGGUCCAUGCAAGGACCCAUGGCUCUCAGCAAUGGCCUUGGUCCCCACAGGGAGCUUCCAGUCUCUCUGACUCCUCCUCAGCCCCCCCACCAUGCCAAAGUCUGCCCAGCCAGGAAUCAAGAAUGGCAAAAGAGAGCAGGGGACACACGAGCCAGCUGUCCUGUGAGCCCUGCAUCACUUCUGAUUCAAGAUCGUAGAGGAGAUUUUGGGUUUAUUUUGCUAUCCCCACUCCAGCGGGGAGGCUCAGCCAGCAUUGAUUUCUCUCCUUCCCCAAAGUGUUUUCUCUGUAUUCUUUGUAAUUUUUAAUUAAUGUAUGUAUUCUUUGUGUCCUACUGUAAAUAAAUCUGCCGUUGUCCUGUU